CGCGCGCACGCACACUGGGGAUUUCCACCCAAGCGCUUGUUUCCUUCACUUGUUUUGCUUUCGAUCUGAAGAGCGAAAUCAAUCCCAUUUGACUUUUCGUUUUGAUAUCGAGAACUACAAAUUGUCGAGACCCCUUUACACACUCUUUCUUUUUAUUUCUGGAGUGAUUUCCGCACGUCGCAGGUCAGCAUGCCGGUGGAGAGAAUGCGCAUGAGGCCGUGGUUGGAGGAGCAGAUAAACUCUUGUCAAAUACCGGGGCUCAAAUGGGUCAACAAGGAGAAGAGAAUAUUCCAGAUUCCGUGGAUGCAUGCGGCGCGGCACGGCUGGGACGUGGAGAAAGAUGCUCCUCUUUUUCGAAACUGGGCCAUACACACAGGCAAAUAUCAACCAGGUGACAAACCAGACCCCAAAACAUGGAAGGCCAACUUCCGCUGUGCCAUGAACUCCCUGCCCGACAUCGAGGAGGUGAAAGACAAGAGUAACAAAAAGGGAACAAACGCCUUCAGGGUGUACAAAAUGCUGUCAGCGUCUGAAAGGCAAUCAAAGAGAGGAAAAAAGAGAGCAAUUGAAAAAGAAGAAAAGUUAAAGGUAGAGAGGCCGUGCUCCAUGUCCUCCAGCUGGGAGAACAGUAACGGCUCUUCUCCGUGCAAAAGCGUGGUAACAGUGAAGCAGGAGGCCGAUCACUCAGAGGACCAUCUGAUCAUCAACGAUCUGCCCGACGUCUGUCAGACCAUCGAGGUGGUGACGGAGAACGAGGAGCAGGCUGUGACCUCUAGCGACCUUUACCCCUUACAGAUCUCCCCCGUCUCCUCAUACGCUGAGAGCGAAACAGACAGCGCCAGCGAGGAAGACUCCAAAGAGCGGAUCCAGGCCUUAAUAUACCGCAACGAAAACAAAAACCGGCGUUUCCCCCUGCCUGGCAUGUCCUCCUUCAUUUCUCCAGACAAACCCAACUUCAAGAUCACCACCGUCCAAGACUCGGUGCUGCCCUUCGCUGUUGAGACAUCCUGGAGCCUCUUCCCCACACCGUCCCACAAACCCGGACCCUCGGGCCAAGCGGCGGCCCACGAGAAACGGGCUAGCGUCAUCAUGAAGACCUCGGACGUGUCCAAAUCCUCCGUCAAGAGCUGCUGAGGGCGAUUCAAGUCGACUUGACUACGACACUAACAUCCUUACAGGACCUACCAGCUCACGGGACCAUCCCAUAAGAGGUAACACAGAAUUGUUCCCAGAUGGGACAGAAUCCCCAGAUGGGACAGGAAGCGUGAGCGCAAAAUUCAGGGAGAUUUGGAGCAUGGUGUAUCCAUACGCUGAUCUGAAGCCAUUGUGAAUGUGUAUAUAUAGUGGGAUCAUUGCCUAAUUGCCUUUAGCACCUUAUGGAUGAGCACUGGCCGCCAUAAUCAGUGACUUUUCGAUGUUUAUGUGCGCUGGUAAAACCACGUAAUCGUAACUUAUCCCGUCAUGAGCGAAUAUAUUUUUAUAUCUUAUGCAACGGAUAGAUGCCAUUUUACACGAUGACGUAAGAAAAUCCUGUGUGAGUUUGUGUUUUUUUAUGAUGAGAAACAAAAGCACUUGUGUUUGUAAUUUGUUUUGUUUUUAAGUUUUAAGUCAAACGUAUCUUUUCAUGUGUCUCUUUCUACUGUAUAUGUGAAGGUAAAGAUGCCCUGCUUGUCUUUGUGUGUCCCAGAUAAUGUGUGUGUUGUGCCUUUCAGAUCUUUGUAAAAGUACAAGGGCUUCUUUAAUUAUUUUCCUCGAGAUUCUGGUGUAUAAAAAAUAUCAUGCGAUCAUAAGAAUAAAUGACAGAUGCUGUUUGGUCAGA